UGGCAACAGCUUUGUUGUUAGCAACCAAGCUGCAGUCCCACGGUGGUCCAGGCAGGGCUGCCCGGGGGGCGGAAGGCACCUGCCAUGAAUCCGCCGGGAUCCUUGGGGGUCCUGGAGGAGAAGGAGGAGGAACAUUUAGCCCCCCCAAUUCUCGGACCCUCCAUACAUUCUGAUAAUCCUCAGGAGCGGAUCCAGGCCCGGCGCCUGCGCAUCGCGGCGCGCCUGGAAGCUCGGAGGCGGGAAGCUCUUGGAGAAUAUUUAGAUGGGAAGAAGGAGAGUGAGGAAGAUCAAAGCAAGAGCUACAAACAGAAAGAAGAAAGCAGACUGAAACUGGCUAAACUGCUGCUCUGUGGCACUGAGUUGGUGACAAAUAUCCAGGUAGCUGCAGAUAUCAGAGAGAUCCACAGGCGAGUCGAGGAAGAGGAGAUCAAGCGUCAGAGACUUGAAAAGCUGGAGAACGAGGUCAAGACCAGCCAGGACAAAUUUGAUGAGAUCACCGUCAAGUGGGAGGAGGGCAAGCAGCGGACAAUCCCUCAGGAGCUGUGGGAAAUGCUCAAUGCCCAGCAGGUGCACUGCGCAGGGCUGAUCGAAGAUAAGAACAAGCUGAUCAGCGAGUUACAGCAGGAGUUAAAAAUGAAAGAUGACCAGUACGUGAAGGAUUUGAAGAAACAGUCAGAUGACAUCUGCCUGCUUCUGGAGAGGAUGGAAGAGCAGGUGAAGAAUGUGAUGAAAACCUUUCGCCAGGAGCUCCAAAAUAUCGAGAAAGCAUUUGAGAUGGAGAGACAGGAGCUGCUGACCAGCAAUAAGAAGAAAUGGGAGCGGGCCUUACAGGCUCACAACGCCAAAGAGCUGGAAUAUCUGAUGAACCGCAUCAAGAAAGUGGAGGACUAUGAGAAACAGCUCAACAAGCAGAGGAUCUGGGACUGUGAAGAGUACAACACAAUCAAGAUCAAGCUGGAGCAGGACGUGCAGAUUCUUGAGCAACAGCUUCAGCAAAUGAAAGCAACUUAUCAGCUAAACCAAGAGAAGCUGGAGUACAACUUCCAGGUGCUGAAGAAGAGAGACGAAGAAAGCACAGUGAUUAAGUCCCAGCAGAAGAGGAAGAUCAACCGCCUGCAUGAUGUACUUAACAAUCUGAGAUCAAAAUAUAACAAGCAGGUCAAGCAAUUUCAGGAGGAGAACCAGUCCCUAACCUCAGACUACAAACGCCUGGUGUUGCAAUUCAAGGAGCUUCAGAAAGCCAUGAGGCAUUUUGCUCUCAUUGAUGACAAGCGGUUUCGGGAGAUUUGGCUGAUGAAUGAAGAAGAGGCGAAGGACCUGAUAAACAGAGCCUUCGAUGUAGACAGAAUCAUCAAUACUCAUCAUCUAGGACUCCCCUGGAUGGCACCCAACUUCUGGUUCCUAAAGAACGUGGGGCCAAUUUCUCAGCAGCAGCAGAAGUCCGCCACACAGAUCUUAGAGGAAGUCCUGUUGGAAGCAGAAAAGGAGGGGGCAGAUGAGGACAGCUCGGAAUCAGAGACUUACCUGGACCUGCCUAAGCAAGUUUCAGCAAGAACGACCCGCAAGAUCUUGAUGCUCCUGUGUGACGAGUCGGGUUUCCUCAUAGAGAGCAAGUUGCUGAGCCUACUCCUGCCCCUGGAGAAGAGCGAGUGUUACCUGCUGAGACUGGACGCUGUCUUCUCGGCCCUUGGAAUUGAAAAUGAGGAUGACUUGUAUAAACUGGUUAACUUCUUCCUCAAAUACCAAACUCAUCAUUCACCUUCCAGCCAGUUCCUGGCAUCUGUGUACCCACUACAGGAGCCACUGGAUCUCGGAGCAGAGAAGGAGGGGAGCCUUGUGGACGGGAAGUCACAGGAGAAGGAGCCCCCUCCUUCUCCCAAGCUCAUCCAUCCCAAUGACGUUCUCAAGAUUCUGGAGGCCUUUGUCAUGAGUCUGAGGAAGCCCAGGGACUUCUGGGUGCCAGUGAAGUUGCUGAAGGCUGUGCGAGACGACUCAAAGGACUCUGAGUACUGGGAGGCCCUGACCACGGUUAUCCCUGCCACCACCCUGAACCUCUGGGAUGCUCUGUAUACAGCCUUGGAGAAAUACCACCUCGUCCUGACCCAGAGGGCUGAGCUGCUGAUAGAAAACAGUUCUCUGGAGAGGCAGAACACAGAGCUGCAGCAGCUGCUGCAGCAGUAUCUUGACACCAAGAUAAACUCUGAACUGCAAGUUCCUCCGACUCAGGUGUUCCGGGUCCCCACAAAAUAGAGCCAGACCUCGAAAAGCCUGUCUCGGCAGGGCCAACACUGGUAUCGCUGUUGGUGUGGGAGGCAGCACCCCCCGGGGCUUCCCCGGGCCCACUCCCUGCAUUUUCCAGAACUGUUGUUGUCAGGCCUGUUGAAAUAAGGCGCUGAGAGGAGUUACCUGGAUUCCACAGUCCUGAUUAAAGUCUUAAAAAGUUG